AUGACGUCGGCAGUGCAAAUUGCAUCCGUUGUCCAUGCCAGCGAAGUUGCGGCAGCGAGAGAAGCAUCGUUCAACCACUUGUACACCACCUCGUUUGUGGUCGCGGGAUGCGUUGCCGCGGCGUGCGUGUUGGCGCUGGUCGUGAUUGUCGUGCGGCGGCGCAACGCGUGGGUUCCUCAAGCGGUGCCGACCACUCCUCCUGCUUCCGAUCACGACAACUUCCCCCCAGCCCCGACGCCCGUGAACUUCAACACGGAAAUCGUCAUCGCUUAG